UGGGAAGCUCAAAUAUUCACAAUGGGGAUGUUUGGGUUGAAAGCUAGUAAUGUCAUAGUGACUGCGCGCGUGGAAGAAAAUGCACAAGUUAGAAAACUCAAGGAUAUUCAGAUGACGCUCCAUACAUGGAGGGAAACGAUGAGAAAGUGAUGGAACUCUUGGUGACUGAACUGAAUGUGUUGCUCAAGCUGCUAGACCAUGAGACCCUGAGCUCUGCUACGGAGGAGAAGAAACGAGCUGUGAAGAACCUCCUAAAACAGCUGAAACCCUCAGUCACUGGACCAGAAUACAUGUACGUGAACACCUCUGUCUGCAGAAAUGGCACUAGCUUUGUGGAAGCCCUUUUUGAGAACUUUGACUGCAAUCUUAGUGAGCUGAAAGUAGAAGUAGAAGAACAGAAGAAAGACCCAAUCCAAUCAAACCAGUCUACAUCUAAACCUAUUACACCCGAUUCAGCACCUCCACUACCUACCACACCACCUCCAGAGGACUACUAUGAGGAGGCUGUACCUCUUAGCCCUGGUACUGUGCCAGAAUACAUAACCAGCCGCAGUAGCUCCAGUCCUCCUAACUCUAUUGAGGAUGGAUACUAUGAAGACACAGACAACAACUGUCACAAUGUCAGCAUGAACCGGCAGCGCAAAAACUCAUAUAAUGAUUCAGAUGCUCUGAGCAGCUCCUAUGAGUCAUAUGAUGAAGAGGAGGAGGAAAGAAAUCAGCGUCUAACUCACAAGUGGCCCUCAGAGGAGAACUCCAUGGCCCCUGUAAGGGAUUGCCGAAUCUGUGCCUUUUUGCUGAAGAAGAAGCGCUUCGGUCAGUGGGCCAAACAACUAACAGUUAUUCGUGAGAACAGACUUCAGUGUUACAAAAGCUCCAAAGACCAAUCUCCCUAUAUGGACCUGCCGCUUAAUCUGUGCAAUGUCAUAUAUGUGCCUAAGGAUGGAAGGAAGAAGAAGCACGAGCUUCGCUUCUCUCUGCCAGGUGGAGAGGCUCUGGUGUUGGCUGUACAAAGCAAAGAACAGGCUGAAAAGUGGCUGCGGGUGGUGCAUGAAGUAAGCAGUCUGGGGAAUACUUUAGACAUCUCAGCUUCUCCAAUGAUCCCAAGAAAAAGGGAAAAAGAGCCAGAAAAGGACUUCUACAAGAGAUUGUCGGGUGAGAAACAUGCUUCAGAUUCAGAUAGCAUCCCUAACGGAGAAGGUAGCCGAGAUAGCCGGGAGAAUGGCAAGCCAAAGCGGGUUGCUCUGUCAGAAUUAACAGGCACGAUGAGCAGAGCAGCAGGGCGCAAGAUUACUAGGAUCAUUAGCUUUUCCAAAAGGAAGCCACCUCUACCUGGAGAUUUGCAGUCCUCAUCACUGGAUGAGGACCCUCGUUGUGGCUCUCUGAGUGUUUUGGUGAACAAGUGCUGGAAGGAACAGUGGUGCCGUGUAAGAUGCGGCUCACUCCACCUUCACCAGGAGAAAGUUGAUGUAUGGCGGAGCCCACACACCUCUAUUAUCCUACGUGGCUGUGAAGUGGUGCCAGGCCUUGGGCCCAAGCACCCCUUCGCACUCAGAAUACUAAGAGGUGGCACUGAGGUGGCAGUGUUGGAGGCAAGCUGCUCAGAAGAAAUGGGCCGUUGGCUAGGAGUUCUUCUAGCAGAAAGUGGUUCUGCUGAUCCAGAGUGCUUGCAUUAUGACUACGUGGAUGUGGAGACCAUCGCCAAUAUUCGUACAGCUGCCCGUAACUCUUUUCUAUGGGCUACCUCCACAGAGUCGAGCACUUAUGAUGAGGUGCCUUAUGAGGACACGCAGCAGGAGAAUGAGAGGCUGAAGAAUGGAUAUUUAUUAAAGCGCCGGUCUGCUAGUAGCGACAGAAGUAUGGCCAAGCCACAGAUCACCGUUAAGCGCCACGGCUCUAACGCGAAUCAGUAUGGAAGGUAUGGGAAGACACGGGCUGAGGAGGAUGCACGCCGCUACCUGAGUGAGAAAGAGGAGUUGGAAAAAGAGAAAGAUCACAUCAGGAAUGCACUCGUGUUGCUGCGAAAGGAAAAACGAGAAGCCAAAGAGAGAAUGAAGGUGGCAACAGAUAAACAACGGUUGGUACUUGAGGAAUGUGUGGCCCAGCUGGAGGAGAGGUGCCAAAUAAAGGAAAGUGAGCGUGUUGACUUGGAACUUAAACUCAUCCAGGUUAAAGAGAAUCUGAGAAAAUCUCUUGUUGGUGGAGCUUUAGGAGCAUCUGUAGUCACCAAACCAUUAGGCAAGGUACAAAAACACAAACACUGUCUAAACUGCACUACCUUCAGAAUUAUGUCAAAUCUACCUGCUCUAACUGAUAAUUUUAUAAAAAAGGCUCCAAGAACUGAGGUACAAUACACCGAGUCAUUAAUUCCUGUCAACUGUGCCUCUGAAAUGAGAAAGCGCCCCCUAUCCAUCUAUGCAUCUACAAAGGGAAACGUUAUGCAGAAAGCCAAGGAAUGGGAAUCUAAAAAAGGGAAGUGCUGAAGAUUUCCUGGACUUUUUUGUGCACCUGAACACAAAAAUCCGCAGCAUCCUUUAUGUGCAGCACUGGCAAUACGAACAUUAUCAUAGGAGAGAAACAGAAAUAUUUUCCUUUAAGUUUGAUGCUUCACAGGCUAUUUACAUUAAAUGUUGAAUAUGAAAGUGGGAGUUGAUUGUUCUUAGAAAGUGGUAGUAAGGGUGGUAUGUUGGUUAAUGAGCAUAAUGAAGAAAGCUGUGUAAAAUCACAUGAAUUUUGCAUUUACUUAUUCUCCUUUCAGAUGACUGCUGUCUUCAUUUAUGUUUUGUAUUUGUAAAAAAAAAAUGGUGCUAAUUAUAUUGUACCUUAAUUUAGGCUGCAACACUAACAAGACAUUUACAGAUAUUUUCACAUUUCUCACUUUGUUUCCAAGACUACAAUUUCAACAGGAAUAACAAUGGCACUUUAUGGACUGUUCCUUAUUCUACUUCCAUGUCAUUCAUAAUAAAUUGCUCUAAAAUACA